UUCAAGGCAGAUGCUGGAAAAUGUCUUCCUCAGUUUUUUAAACAUGUCUCCUCCACGUUUACUGUGACCGCAGGAUGUUGGUGGGGUACAGCAGCAGCUCCGAGGAGGAGGAGAACCAGGAGGAGAACCAGGAGGAGAACCAGGAGGUGACUGCUCCCAACAAAGAUGGUUCUCCUAAACGUGAGGAGGAAGAGGAGGGAGAGGAUGGCUGCCCGGCGAGGAAGAAACCCAGAGCUGAACCACAGGUCACCAAAACAAGGCUUCCUGUCCCUGGUUCCCUCAUGUCCAUGUUCCCAGAGGACAGUGAUCCAGAGACGGAGGACAGUUCCCUCCACGGUGGACGGAUCCGCUCCUUCAGACACGAGAGAGGGAACUGGGCCACCUAUGUUUAUUUACCAUACCAUCCUGAGGAGGAGUUUGAGGAGGUGCUGGAGGAGCUGUUCUCCGCUGCGAGCGACGGGGGGGUGGAUCUGACCCAGCAGGAGGAGUUCCACCUCAGCCUGUCUCAGACGGUGGUGCUGAGACACCACUGGAUCCAGCCCUUUAUACAGAGCCUCCGGGCAGACCUGGCCCACUGCAAGAAGUUUGUUUGCUUUGCGAGGAAACUGAAGGUCUAUUGUAACGCUGAGAAGACGAGGUACAGUCAAAGCUUUUACUGUCUCAGUGCAGCAGAGACCAUUCACUGCUUGACUUGUGUUAAUGUCAACAUCUGUCUCUUUGUGUCCCGCAGGACGUUCCUGGGAAUAGAAGUGUGUUCUGGUCAAACUCAGCUGUUGGACGUGGUCCGAGUUGUGGACAGAACGAUGACAGAGUUUCGCCUGGACACUUUUUACAAGGAGCCGUCUUUCCAUGUGAGUCUGGCCUGGUGUGUCGGAGACAUGAGGGAGAAGAUGGACGGAUGUAUUCAGAAGCUGCAGUGUGUGGUUGAUGAACGUGAAGAAGGAGCGUUUGACCUGAGGCUGGACGGUGUGGAGCUGCGCUGCCGGACAGGAAACAAAACCUUCCGCUUCCCCCUGGAGCCGUAAGACCAGAGGAGACUGGAACCUCUCAGGUCAAAGGUCAAAGGUCACACUGCAAAACCAGGAGGGAUCUUCCAUCCUCAUUCCAACUGUUACUCACUGUGUUUAGACAAUCAGGGCGAAAAGGCCGAAAGAAUCAAUGUUAUUGUAAAUCUCUGCAUUAUUUUACCACUGACUGUAAAUAAAGUUUGUAUGUUUAGUG